UGUCAGAUUUCAAUUAUAUUUUCCCACUGAACUAGAAAAUGACCGCGGUUUCCAUUUCAGAAAUCAGAUCACCUGAAAAUAAAGUCUUGACAUUUUUAAUAGAAGUUCAUCUUUAAAAGUAAUCAAAAAAAAAUUAAUUAUCCAUUGACAGUCAGUGGAGAAUUACUGUGCCAACAUUGGAUAAUUACUAUGUGAGUUAUAUGAGUUUUUGGUUCGGUAUGUUUGGAAUACCAUGAUACUCAUCCUAUUUUAAAGUGCUGUACUGUAUGCAGUAUGUACAGUGUACAGUGUGUACGCAGAUUUGGCAAUUGUGUAGUAAAUAACCAGAGAACACCUCGUUAAAAAAAAAAAAAAAAAAAAGCAAAACAGGAAUAAAAUUAAUACAAUAUACUAUACAAUGAUUAUCUAAGAAGACAUAUACACUGCGCUAGAAUAUGCCUACUUCCAUACUAUAAAGUAGGUGAGAAAAGUAUGUGAAAAGAGUGGUAUGUCCGAGUUCAUAGUAUUCAAAAAACAGUAGGUGAAAAGUACCCGGAUGAUCUGCUACCUGCGCUGAUAUUCUGAAAGCCAUAUUUUCAACAAUUGCAAAGUUUUGGGAGUUUCUGUUCAUCUAAAUGCUGUAGCUAUGGAUUCAAGAACAGUGUUUGUUUUAUUAUGGAUGUUGCUGUCAUCCAUCUCCACUGGAAUCAAACUAGAUGGAAAUGGUUAUGUUGACAUAAUAAUCACAAUCGGUUCGAAAGUUCCACAGGAUGACAAACUUAUUGAUAAAAUCAAGGACAUGGUCACUGAAGGGUCGGUUUAUCUUUAUGAAGCAUUGGAUAAAAAGGUCUAUUUCAAAGAAGCUACAAUCCUAGUCCCAUCCCACUGGAGCAGUAAGGAUUUUUCCAAAGCAAGAACAGAGUCCUUUGAAAAAGCCAAAAUAAGAAUUGAUAAUCCAGCACGUGAUGAUGAACCAUACACUAAACAGUAUGAUAAAUGUGGAGCUGAGGGUCAGUACAUUCAUUUCACCCCAGAAUACCUCCAUGACACAUUCAUCCAGCUUUACGGCUCAAGAGGAAAGGUUUUUGUGCAUGAAUGGGCUCAUCUGAGAUGGGGCGUGUACGAUGAAUACAGCAAAGAUGAGCCAUUCUACUACUCUAAUCGUAUUGAAGCUACAAGGUGUGGCAAAAAAAUUGAAGGUCAGUUUUAUGAGGUUACUGCUGGAGGAUCUCUUCAAUCGUGCUAUAUAGAUCCACUAACUUCACUACCUACAGAGAAGUGCAAGUUUUUUCCAGACAGAAAUCAAAACACAGACAGCUCCUUAAUGUUCCUUCCGAGUCUGGAUUCUGUGAGCACAUUUUGUCGUAAAAAUGAGCACAAUGCUAAAGCCCCAAACAUGCAGAAUAAAAAAUGUGACAACAAAGCAACAUGGACUGUAAUAUUUGAAGAAUCUGUGGAUAAAGACACACUUCGUUCUCUAAAACCACUGCAGUCCCCUCCACCACCACCAUCUUUCAAAGUUGUGCAGCGAAUGCAACGGGUUGUUUGCCUCAUCCUUGAUGUCUCAGGGAGCAUGGCAGGCUCUAGAAUUCUCCAACAGCAACAGGCUGCCACACAUUUUCUGCGAAACAUCAUUGAGGAUCAAGCCAGUGUUGCAAUUGUAACCUUUAGUACUUCUGCUUCUACUCUGAGCCCCUUGACUACUAUUGACAGUGACACCACACGAGAGAAUCUUAUCAAAUCAUUGCCAAAAGUAGCAAGUGGAUCAACAAACAUGUGCUUGGGCCUUAGUCGAGGCUUACAGGUACUUCAACAGGACAAUUUGGAUGCAUUAGGAGAUGAAAUCAUUUUUCUGACAGAUGGUCAGGCAACGGACAACAUUGAUGCUUGUGCUCCAUCUGCAAUACAAAGUGGUGCCAUUAUAAGCACAUUAGCUUUUAGCAAAAGUGCAGCUAAGGCACUAACAGAAAUGGCGGAACAAACUGGAGGAAAAUUUAUAUAUGCCAGUGAUGUACUGACCUCCAACCAAUUAAUGGACGCGUUUGCUUCGCUUACAUUGUCAACUGGAGAUUACACAAACGAACCAGUUCAGCUAGAGAGUAUUGGAGCAAGAACAUCUGAUUGGUUCAAUGGGACAGUAUCAGUGGAUCAGACUGUUGGGAACAAAACCAGCUUUGUAAUAAUCUAUGAAAUAAGUUAUCCUAGCAUUUACAUACAGUCACCAAGAGGAUCAAUAUACAAACAGACAAAUAUGAGUCAUGAUGGAUCACUAAAAACAGUCACUCUAAAUGUUCCAGGAACUGCAGAGCCUGGUGACUGGAAGUACAGUAUCCAAACUACAACAAAUCAGGCUCUGACUAUAACAGUAACGAGUCAAGCAGCACAAGCUGAUGUUCCUCCUAUCAUUGUCAAAACCCACGUGAACCAGCAGUCCAGUGACGGCACUAAACCCAUGAUAGUGUUUGCUGAGGUUAGUCAGAAUUACAGGCCUGUAAUAAAUGCUGAUGUUUGGGCUACACUGGAGUCGGAAACUGGGUCUGUACAUACAUUACAACUCCUGGACAAUGGAGCAGGAGCUGAUGCUUCUCAAGGAGAUGGAAUCUAUUCCAGAUAUUUUACAAAGAUUGUAAAUGGAAGAAGCAGCUUGAAAGUAAGAGUGAAGAAUCAAGAUGGACAAACCAGAUUCGCGGUCCAAAAAAGUAGUGGUGCCCCUUACGUACCUGGAUAUGUGGUAAACGGUGUAGUGCAGCUGAACCCUCCAAAGCCUCCAGUUUCUGAGGAACCACUUGAGGUCGGAAGCUUCACCAGAACAGCCACCGGAGAGAGUUUUGAGGUGAAACUUUCAGGCACAUCUCCACCAAAUUUCCCUCCAAACAAAAUCACAGAUCUGAUUGCUGAGAUCCAGGAGGACACUGUGCUUCUCAACUGGACAGCUCCUGGUGAGGUCCUUGACCAAGGCACAGCUAAAGCCUAUGAGAUCAGGUGGAGCUUUGACCUUGAUAUGCUUCGAGACAGCUUCAGCAAUGGUCAUGUAGUCAACACAGCUGCUGUCUCACCUCACGAGGCUGGAUCAGCUGAACAACAUUCAUUCAAUCUCAGUUUCCCAAUCCAAAAUGGCACCACACUCUUCUUUGCAUUAAAGUCCGAGAAUUUAAAUGCGAAAUCUGAAACCUCCAACAUUGCUCAAGCUUCAAAGAUCCUGCCUGGUCCAAAACCACCGGGAAUAUCAAACCCAGGCAUGAACUUGACAGUUCUUGUCAUUUCUCUGUGUGUGGUAACUAUGGUCAUAUGCUUUAUUGUUGCUGUAACCACAUGGGCAGUGAAACGCAGAAAACUGUCUGUCUAAAGCAACAGCUAAUGCAAACAUGCCAUUAAUCAAUCCUUAUGCCUAAUUUGAACAUGCACAUCCAACAGCUUUAAAACACACAAAUGAAUAAAAACUUUUCUGUACCACAAAAGGCAUGUAUUAAACUUGCAUUGUGAUGAUUAACAUUUAAAACACUGCUUGGUUAAUUUGUUAUUUGGAUUUCAGUAUUUAUGCCCUGGUAAAUCUGCACA